GCUAUCAAAAUAUUUUCUAAUUCUUCAGAUUUGCUGAUGUCCUGCUUUCAUUUCAUCAUAAAAGAUUCCACGUUACUUCUUAAAGAAGAUCACGUGGAAAGUGUAUUAUUCUGUAGAAUAGUUAUUUAAAACCGUCAAAAUAGCUUCCAAAAUGCAAGGCGUCAGCGCUCCGCGGGAGCCUGCGCCAGUUUUAAACACUAGUUCAACUAUUCUGAACAUGAGAGAGAAAGAGAAAUACAUCGAAGACUUCGACUUUCCGUUUUGCGACGAGUCUUCCAAAUAUGAAAAAGUAGCGAAAAUUGGUCAAGGAACCUUCGGGGAAGUGUUCAAAGCGCGUGCAAGGAAUAGCAAUAAAAAGUUCGUUGCAAUGAAAAAAGUUUUAAUGGACAACGAAAAAGAAGGUUUUCCGAUAACCGCGUUAAGAGAAAUAAAGAUAUUGCAGCUCUUGAAACACGAAAACGUCGUGAAUUUGAUAGAAAUAUGCAGAACAAAGGCAACAUUACACAAUAAAUACCGAUCAACAUUUUAUUUAGUUUUUGACUUCUGUGAACACGAUCUCGCCGGGCUAUUAUCGAAUGUGAAUGUCAAAUUUAGUUUAGGAGAAAUAAAAAAAGUUAUGCAGCAACUACUUAAUGGAUUAUACUACAUUCACAGCAAUAAAAUUCUGCACAGGGACAUGAAAGCCGCUAAUGUUUUAAUAACUAAGAAUGGUAUUUUAAAACUUGCUGAUUUCGGAUUGGCGAGAGCCUUCAGCGUCGCUAAGUCGGGGCAAGCUAAUAAAUACACAAAUAGAGUUGUUACACUUUGGUAUCGACCUCCUGAGUUAUUAUUAGGUGACCGUAAUUAUGGGCCUCCUGUGGAUAUGUGGGGUGCUGGCUGCAUCAUGGCGGAGAUGUGGACUCGUUCGCCUAUUAUGCAGGGUCCCACAGAACAACAGCAGUUAAUAUUAAUAUCACAGCUUUGUGGUUCUUGCACACCUGAUGUCUGGCCGGGGGUUGAAAGUUUAGAUCUGUACAACAAAAUGGAGUUACCCAAGGGUCAAAAGAGAAAAGUAAAGGAAAGGCUAAAGCCGUAUGUAAAGGAUCCCUACGGUUGCGACUUGCUUGAUAAAUUGCUGCAGUUAGAUCCAGCGAAACGUUAUGACGCAGACACAGCGCUGAACCACGAUUUCUUCUGGACGGAUCCCAUGCCGUGUGACCUUGCCAAUAUGUUAGCCCAGCACACUCAGAGCAUGUUCGAGUACCUCGCUCCUCCACGCCGACCCGGCCACCUUAGGCACCACCACCAUCCACCAGGCGCUCAACCUAAGCCAGCGCAACCGCCCCAGGACUCGGGAUACCAAGACAGAGUGUUCUAAAUAUAAUUGUUAUUGUAAAUAGUUAAUUAUAAUUC